AUGGCCACUUUUAAAUUCUGUUCACAAUGUAGUAACUUGUUAUACCCAAGAGAAGAUAAAGACACUCAACGACUUUUAUAUGCAUGUCGUAAUUGCAUUUAUCAGGAAGAAACAAAGAAUUAUUGUGUUUAUAGAAAUGAAAUUUCAAAUGUUAUUAGUGAGAAAACAACGAUAAUUAAAGAUUUGGCUGCUGAUCCAUCUUUGGCAAAAAAAACAUGUUCUCAAUGUGGAUUUACUGUAGCGGUAUACUUUGAAGCACAAUCUCGUCGUACUGACACAAAAAUGACAUUAUAUUAUGCUUGUGGAAAUAUUAAUUGCGGAUAUCGUUGGACAGAUUUUGAUAAUGAUAAUACGGACUUUCAUGCUAUACAGGAUGAAGAAUAUGAUGACCAGGAUUAUUUGGGUAGAGAAGACUAUGAU